AUGGCCAGCCCUUCGGGUGCUUCAGGUCAUUUGGGCCCUGAAUCUGCAGGAGACUCUAGUGCUCCCAUGUCGAGCAAUCCCCAAAGCCCACCACGUUCGAUGAAUAGUGACGACAGCCAAAACGAAAACGACCAGCACGACCAAGAACAAGACCAAGACCACGACCAGAACAACGACCAAGAACCGACAUGUCCGUGGCAAACAUCUCGAUUCAACCACCAAGAAUGCUCGCGAUAUCUCGACUGUCCGUCUCACGCCAUAGAGCGGAGUCUAUCAGAGAGUGGCGAGCAAGAUCGAGAAUCCAUCCAUAGCUCCCACUCACCCGAGAUACCUCCUCCAGAUAACGACCGAGAACAAACCGACCAACAGACUUCUCGUUUCUCAGACCAAGAGCUUGCGCAAGGAGUAAACAAUGAAAAUAGUGCGCAAAGUACCCCGGCCGACGAACCGGACGACGAUGGAGACGCCACUUCCGCCACAACCGAUACCGCGACGAGCGCAGAGGAAGAUGCUGGCACGGCAGUUGCCCAGGAGCCAGGACAGUCUUCGGAUUCCCAGCAAAACAUAGAAAUGGACGACUCAGAGAGCAGAUCCCGGAACAGGCGGUCUGACCAGCAAGAUUCUCAAAACACUCCAAACACCCCUUUCGAGCAUCCAGAGCAUACGCAAAGACCCAGUCGAGUUACCAGCGCAACCAACACGCAAAGAGCCCAGCGAACAUAUGCGACACCGUCCCGCGAAAGAAUGGAUGCGCCCUUGCCGUCACUUCGACCCUUGGAAGAAGCUCUGCCCCCACUUCCCCGAUCUGCUCGCCAGUCAGUAUCUUCAGAUUCGCAACGACCUAGAUGGCAACCGGAUAACGAAGUAACAUACUGUCCUAUUUGCCAUACCCAGUUUAGUUUCUUUGUGCGCAAGCAUCAUUGCAGGAAAUGUGGAAGAGUCGUCUGCAACUCCUGCUCGCCGCACAGGAUUAUAAUUCCUCACCAGUACAUCGUUCGACCUCCGGGCUCUGAAGCAGCUAUGCAUCAGUCCCUACUCGUGGAUGGGCUUGGAGCCGGAUACUUCGACGUGAACGACAUGUCGGGAGGCGAGCGAGUAAGGCUCUGUAAUCCCUGUGUCCCGGAUCCGAAUACAGCGCCGCCACAGAGUCCAGGACCGCAAUCUACUCUUUCUCCACGAGUUCCUCAUUCACGGUCACGGAGCAGUAUUGGCGAUGCUUAUGGAACAUUGCAAUCGUCUAAUCGACAUGGUGCAGUUUUUGCUCCAGGCACCAGUGGUGACCCGUAUCGAUACCUCUCCCCAAGGAUAAGGAGUGUCACAAUGGGUUCUGCCUCAUCUGGCUCCUCUCCUAGCAAUUCUCACAGGAGACGUAGCGGAGCGCAUCAGACACCCAUCGAGCGUUUCCUCGCAAGUGCCCAGGCUGCUUCUCCAUCUUCAUACCCAGAGCGAUACAGUUCGCUAGGGGAGUCAUCAUCUAGGCAACGUGCACUACCGCCAACCCCUCAGAUUGCCGAGGAAGACGAGUGCCCCAUUUGCCAUCGCGAGUUACCAUCGUCGAGUCUUCCCAACGCCGAAGCUCUGCGCGAGUCUCAUAUCACUACAUGUAUUCAGACGCACAGCACAUACGGCACACCCCGCGGCGGGGAAGGUGGAGCACCAGUUGCCCCUCGUCGGACAGGCAUGUAUACAUAUGUAGCCACAGAGAAGGACUGUAUCGACGAUGCAGAGUGCACCAUUUGUCUGGAAGAGUUCACAGUCGGAGUCCCCAUGGCACGUUUAGAGUGUCUGUGUCGAUUCCAUCGAGCGUGCAUCUCAUCCUGGUUUGUCAAGCAUCCGGGACGAUGCCCUGUUCACCAGCACGACGGCUUUGGGUACUGA